AUGUCCCACGAAGGAAUCAACGUCAAAGACACAAACAACUAUUCCCCCCCAAGCACAGAAGACUACGAAGCAACCCACUUCGGCCCCCUAGCUCACGUCAACACAACCUCAAGCCGAUACCCUGCCUUCGGAGGUGACCUCCAGCCAGGUCUAUACCGCAUACCAAAAGACCGCAAGCUCGCCAACCCAGCACCGCUAGGCCUCUGUGCAUUUGCAUUGACCACCUUUAUACUGGGAUGUAUCAAUAUGAAUGUCAAGGGCCUUACCGUACCUCAUAUCGUGGUCGGGCCUGCUUUGGCAUAUGGUGGAUUGGUGCAGCUGUUAGCUGGGAUGUGGGAAAUGGCUAUUGGCAAUACCUUCGGUGCGACCGUGCUCUCAUCUUACGGCGGUUUCUGGAUCUCCCUGGCUAUCACUUUUAUCCCUGGUGGAUUUAAUAUCAUCGGGGCUCUUGAAGAAGCGGAUCAUGGGUCUCAUGCUAUGUUCUAUCAUUCAUUUGCGUUGUAUCUCUUCGGCUGGUUUAUCUUCACAACACUGGUCACGAUGCUUACCCUCAAAUCCACCGUUGCCUUCUUCUCCCUGUUUUUCUUCGUCGACCUUGCUCUUCUAUUGCUCUCCCUUGGGUAUCUUUUCAAUGUGGAUGGAGUGCCCAAUGGAAAAUUGAUACAGGCUGGUGGGCUUUUUGCUUUGCUUGGUGCUUUCUUGGCUUGGUAUAAUGCCUUUGCGGGUAUGGCUGAUAGCAGUAACAGCUUCUUUUUACCUCCUGUUAUUCAUUUCCCCUGGUCUGAGAAGAGACGGUCUGCUAGACGGAACUCCGCUGGAGAGAGUGAAGCUUGA